CUUUAAGUUUAGCCGUUUCUCAAAGUUUUAUUAAAAAAAACAAUUGUAUUUUAUUUUACUUAGUUUUUGUUUUUGUGUGUAAAUUUCAAAUAAUGAGUUUCAAUUUAAUUAUGUUCAAAUUAAUGUUGUUUGUGUGGUUGACAUGUUCCUGGGCUGCUGUAAUAAAUAAGGAUAAUGAAGCAGACAAAUCAAAUGUUUCCGAUUUGGAAACAUCAGCUACUUCGGCAAAAUUGCUUAAUCUUGGUGGUCUAUUUGGUUACGGCAAUAGUGGUUAUUAUCCCAACUACAAUAGACCGGGUUAUUAUCCCAACUAUAACACAAAUGGUGGUUUCUAUCCCAAUUACAAUACGAAUGGUGGUUUCUAUCCCAGUACAGGAAAAUAUCCCAUAACAAAUACGGGCGGAUACUAUCCCAAUAACAAUUAUUAUCCAACCACCGGCACUGGAACCAAUAUCCUAGGAGGUGGUUAUGGAGGAUAUGGUGGCUAUGGAGGUAAUGGUGGUUUGCAACAAUAUAGUGGCUAUUGGGAUCCUAACUACAGCGGCAGACGUAAUUUAGGUUAUGGUUACUACCGAAACACCGAUACCUAUGGUUUGCCCAAGACUACCAGCGAUCAGUAUGGCAGCAGAGAAAGAGAUCGUGUUUCCUAUAGCUAUAGAGGUUAUGAGUGAAUAUGAAAAAGCUGUUAAAUUGUUCACUGGGUCUUUAAUGUUUAAGUUAAUUGUGCGUUUUUGUUAGAAUUUAAUAUUUGUAUCUUUUUUGUUUUUUUUUAAUCACUUGAUGUCUCAAAGCAUGUUUGAGUUUCGUUAAGAUUGAUUACUUCUAUUCAGUGAGUCAUUUUGCAUGCCUAAUUUAAUUUCAAUUCAAUUGUCAAACAAUCAUACGUUUUAGACACAUUUAAAUUUGUUGAUGUUUUAUGGAUGUGAAAAAUGAAAAAAAAAAAAAAUAAAAAAUAAAUUUAAUCAACAAAUUAAUGUGUCAACUUUUGUUAAGAAUAUUCAUUUGAAAAUAAAAGUUGUCAUUUUCUUGUUAAAUUUGUAAAUACAUAUUAGAACUCUUUUUGAUGG